AUGCAUGCUGCGCACGCGUCGGAUUUGGGCAAGAUCCAGACGCAGUUCCGAGACAAGAUGGACUCCACGGUUGGCCCUGCAAACGAGCCUCCCACCCCCGCCUCCCCCGACAGCGCCGACACCCGUGGCCGCCGACGCGACCGCGACGAAGACGGAUCCGGCGGCGAAGGCGAGGGUGACGGCCAUGGCUCCUCGAGAAAGAGACGGCGCAGCAGAAAGGGCCUCGACAAGAAGUUUGAGUGCCCGCACGAGGGCUGUGGGAAGAGCUACUCCCGCGCAGAGCACCUCUACCGCCAUCAGCUGAACCACAACCCCAAGCAAAUUUACCACUGUGACUUUCCCGAUUGCCACCGAUCGUUCGUCCGGCAGGACCUCUGUGCGCGCCACAAGGAGAGACACACGGCGCGAGGCUCGCAGCUGCUGCGCAAGGACACGUUCAACAUGCACAAUCUGAACCCCAUUGUGACGGCUGCACUGGGCGGAAAGAAUGCACCGCCACAGAAGGCACUCGGCAUGCAGUCUCCGCCGUCUGGAGCCUCCAACGCAGGCCCAGGCAGCAGAAUGUCGCCGCCAAACUUCCAGUCGCCAGGCUCGACUGCCACGCUCAGCAGGCAGGACUCGCUGCAGAGGACAGUGAGCGACGAUACGUACCGCAGUGGCUCAGAAGCUAAGCCCUACGACAUGCAGUCCCAGAGCGCUGGAAACUUUGCACCCCCACCGCGUCCGGCCGCUUUGGGCAACUACAGUGGAGGUCGCAACUCUCUCCACAACUCCCCACAUGUGGGUAAUGGGAACUUCACCCGGCCCGAUCUACGCGCGCAGACGUCCAAUCUCAGCUCGUAUGGCUCGAGCUCACCCUUCAACUCUGCCGUUACGCCAUCCCAGUAUACCCCCUCUGCGCCCUCGACCGGCUACCAAAAUAGCGCAAGUGCGUAUCAAUCACAAAACAACUUUCCUCCCUUCUCCUCCUUACCUCCACCAGAGUACCCCCAGCCAACUGGCACCCCUGCUCCUCGAGAACAAGAGAACCAGUUCUACAAUGGCACUUCUGGACAGACGCCCAUGAACGGUGUUGAGUCUACAGGUCAAAUAGACAACAGAAUGCAGGGUGUCUCUGACGCAAUCAUGGAACAGAAUCCCGCAUAUGCCAUACCAAUGUUUGGUGGCAAUGGAUACAGUCGGUCGCCCUUUGCCAUGGCCGACGACUUCGCUGCCUGGCUCUUCAACGACAACCAAUUCAACCCAGGAGGCGCAUCGCCCAUGGAUUACCCGGGCGGAGUAAACCCCGUAGCUGGUGCGUCAUCCCAAAUUGGUCUUCAAGCUCCGUAUUUUAACUAUGACCCCUCAGUCGCCGGCUAUCUGAACAACCCUGCACCGCCUGCACACCCAAUGGCUGUUCAUAGCAUACUAGACACUACGCUGCCAGAGUCUGCCCUCUCAGAAGAGAAGCGGAAAGACCUUCUAGAUCUCAUUCAUUUGCGCUUCAACGAAACAGAUCAUGCGCCAGUCAAGAAACAGAAGGAGGAACUCAUGGAGGGUGACAAAGACGACAGCCGGCACGUACUCAGUCUGCACAUGAUGCAAACGUACAUCAGCUCGUACUGGGUACAUUUCCACCCGCAAUUACCAAUCCUCCACAAGCCGACGUUCAAUGCAAGCACGUGUCCUGAGCUGCUGUUGCUCGCCAUCAUGUGUCUCGGAGCGUCUUGUUUGGAGAAGAACUACGGUCAAGAGACUACACAGGCUUGUGCUUCGCUGGCUAACUUCUUGGCGUGGCACCUGCGCUGGGAGCUGUUUAUGGACGCUGAUUUCCGUCCACCCGCUAAGCUAUGGAUCUUCCAAGGCCUGCUUCUCCUCGAGUCAUUUGAGAAGAUGUACUCUACGCGCCCGCUACAUGAACGAGCGCACAUUCAUCAUGCCACGACACUGACGCUUAUGAGGCGUGGAAGCUCGCUGAUCGGACGAUCAGCAAUGGACUCGCCUCCUAGUGUCAAAGACGGAAAGAGCAACGGAAUAGGUGGAGCAAACACGCCUGACGAAUGGUGGAACCACUGGAUCACGAAUGAGGCUACUAGGAGGGCAGCAUUCGCAGCCUUCGUCAUGGAUAGCAUCCACGCUACCAUGUUCGGUCACAGUGCUGUCAUGGUCGCUCACGAGAUGCGUCUCCCACUGCCAUGUGACGAAGCGCUCUGGUCUGCAACGAGUAGCUCUGAAGUGGGACGAGUUGAGCAAUCCCUAACAUCGAAUGGCAUCAAACCAAUGUCUUUCCUUGACGGUCUUAAGAAGACGCUUAAUGGGCAGACGGUACGGACCAAUUCGUUUGGGCGCACAAUCCUCAUGGCUGGUUUACUGAGCGUAUCAUGGCACAUGAACCAGCGAGACUUGCAAGUAAGCUCCCUGGGUGUGACAACAGCACUGGGCGGCCGCGACAAGUGGCGAGGCUCUCUAACCCGGGCCUUUGAUUUCUGGAAGCAAGAUUUCGACAGCUCACUAAACCGAUCUGAAGACCGCCCUAGUUCGAGCUCAUACGGAUACUCGCAAGGUGUUGACGAUGACAACGUGUUCGAGUCCCGAACUGUGCUCCACCACCUGGCACACAUGGCCAUGCACGUCGACAUUGUCGAUUGCCAAAUCUACGCCGGCGCACCCCGCCUUCUCGGGCGGUCAAUAACCCCGCAGGAUUACAACGGCGCGCAACGUCGGAUGAAGGAGAUGUGGGCCCCCACUGCCCGAGCCCGGGACGCCACAUUCUACGCCCUCCGCUUCCUCUCCAACGUAAUGGUUGCCGGAGACCACAGUCUGAACCCCAACACGCCGUCCACCGCGGGCUUCUCCUAUUCCGCGCGUGACGACUACCUCCUCAACCGACCGUGGGUACUAUAUUUCGCCACACUAAUCGUGUGGUCGUAUGGUUUCGCGCUCGAUGGUCCGGUCAAGGAACCGUACCAACUCCCCACCUAUGACGACAAGGUCAGGGAUAUGGUUCUCUACCUCAACCGUGUUGGCGGUGUGCGUUCACCGGAAGAUCUGAGCAAGACUUCUAAUCGCAACGCUUGUCUCGGUCUGCUCAUCAUCAUGCGCGAUAUGUUCAAGAAGACGAGAUGGGAGUUGUUGCACGAGGCGAGCAAUCUGCUGACGAAGUGCAUUGAGAUGCUUCUCCCUGGUGCGGGUGGAGCGUUGUAA